AUGCGGGGCGAGGGAGCAGACGCGCGCUCCCGAUGGGCGCGCAGCGUCCUUGCGGCGCUCUGCCUCACCCUGGUGGUGGGGUUCCUCUACUACUCCUCCGGCAAGCUGCACCAGGUGGCCUGGGCCCACGAGCCACAGUUUGAUCGGCUGGGAUUCGUGCUGAAGUUCGAGCCGCGAGGGGCCGCCACGGAAGAUGCUCGAGGAGGGAACGGCACGGAGCCUGCGUGCCGCGCGAGCUACACCCCCAGCCAGAUGACGGCCAUCUUCCCCAAGUUUGUCCGCGUGGCGCCCAUGUUCCUGGACAGGAGCUUCAAGAGGUGGGGGAGACACUCCGAGACUUUUCCCCCGCCCUUCGGGCUCCGCGGCCAAGAAAAGAUCGUCAACGAAAUCUUGGCGAAGACGAAAGAGUCGGACCUGCCUCUCCACUUGCAGAGCGCGUGCAGGCGCUGCGUGAUCGUGGGGAGCGGCGUCCUCUUCAACAAGUCGCUGGGCGCCCGGAUCGACGAGUACGACUUCAUCAUUCGGCUGAACAACGCUCCGGUGCGUGGGUUCGAGCGCGACGUGGGCGCGCGCACAACCAUGCGCAUCACCUACCCCGAGGGCGCCAUCCAGACCCCGCGCAAGUACGAGGCCGACUCGCUGUUCGUCUUCGCCGGCUUCAAGCCGCACGAUUUCCGCUGGCUGCGCAGCGUCGUGUACAGUGAGAAGAUGCACCCAAUCCAGGGCUUCUGGAAGUCCGUGGCCACGCAGGUCCCGAGGAGACCAGAGGACAUCCGCAUCCUCAACCCGUACUUCAUCCGAGAGGCUGCCUUCACCUUCAUCGGCCUUCCUGUCAACAAUGGCAUGAUGGGCCACGGGGUGAGUGUGGCCUCGGGGGGGGGGGGGGGGGGCUCACACAGUGUCCGAGGCACGGGGUGGCUCGACGCCCUACCAAACCGACGCACGACAAGCAGCUGAACGAGACCACCCUGCGCCAGCCGUGACCCCGUCUCCCCACGUAUGUGCAUCUCCGUGUCCCCCACAUUCCCACGUCCUCAUAUCUUCUUUCAUUUUGAGACGGGUUUGCAAACUGAACACCCCAGC